GAAGUCCCACUCUCCCUAGACUGCCAUCUCUUACUGACUGCUUGAUAAAGCCUUUGCUUGGGCUAGUGGAACCAGAUCCUAGGAAAACUACACUAUGGUGAGACUUGUGUUUCCUAAUCCGGACUUGGAGAAUAGGAUAACAUCACUUGAUGAGCUCGAAACCAUUGAAAAAGAAGAAGCAGAUUCAAGACCCAAAUGGGACAACAAAACACAAUAUAUGCUAACCUGUAUUGGCUUUUGUGUGGGGUUAGGAAAUGUGUGGCGAUUUCCUUAUCUCUGCCAGAGCCAUGGAGGAGGAGCCUUCAUGAUUCCAUUCCUCAUUCUUCUGGUUCUUGAAGGAAUCCCAUUGCUUUAUCUGGAAUUUGCCAUUGGACAAAGGCUAAGAAAGGGCAGUGUUGGUGUCUGGACUGCUAUUCAUCCCACCCUUAAGGGAGUAGGCAUUGCUUCCAUGUUCGUUUCCUUUAUGGUAGGCUUGUAUUACAAUACCAUCGUUGCCUGGGUCAUGUGGUAUUUCUUCAACUCUUUCCAAGAUCCCUUGCCUUGGAGCACAUGCCCACUCAAUGAAAACAGAACAGGUUAUGUAGAGGAGUGUGCCCAGAGUUCUUCAGUGGAUUAUUAUUGGUAUCGAGAAACUUUAAAUAUUUCUACCUCCAUUGAUGAUUCAGGAGAUAUUCAGUGGUGGAUCUUGCUGAGUUUGACAUGUGCUUGGAGUGUCCUUUAUGUGUGUAUCAUCAGAGGCAUUGAAACAACUGGAAAGGCAGUGUAUAUCACAUCAACUCUUCCUUAUGUUGUCUUGACCAUUUUCCUUAUCCGUGGCUUGACAUUGAAAGGGGCCACCAGUGGAAUUGUCUUUCUUUUUACACCUAAUGUCACAGAACUGGCUAAUCCAGUCACCUGGUUGGAUGCUGGGGCCCAAGUAUUCUACUCAUUUUCUCUGGCCUUCGGAGGACUCAUUUCUUUCUCCAGUUACAAUUCUGUGCACAACAACUGUGAGAUGGAUUCAGUGAUUGUUUCUGUGAUCAAUGGCUUCACAUCUGUUUAUGCAGCAACUGUAGUAUAUUCCAUCAUUGGAUUCCGGGCCACAGAGAGAUAUGAUGACUGCGUCAAUCAAAAUAUCUUGACCUUAACCAAUGGAUUUGAUUUGCCUGAAAGAAAUAUCACGCAGGACAACUUUGAAGAAAUGAAAUUGUAUUUUAAUGCAACCUAUCCCGACGCUUUUGCACAAUUGUCUUUUAAGACAUGUGACAUGAAUUCUUUACUAUCAGAAGGAGUAGAGGGAACUGGUUUAGCUUUCAUUGUCUUCACUGAAGCCAUUACCAAAAUGCCACUUUCACCUCUGUGGUCCGUCCUCUUCUUCUUAAUGCUGUUCUGUCUAGGCCUAUCAUCUAUGUUUGGAAAUAUGGAAGGUGUAGUUGUUCCCCUGUUGGAUCUCAAUAUCAUUCCCAAAAAAUGGCCUAAGGAACUUCUAACAGGUCUGAUUUGUUUGGGGACGUACUUCCUUGCCUACAUUUUCACUCUGAAAUCGGGACAGUACUGGCUCUCCCUGCUAGAUAGCUAUGCUGGCUCCAUCCCCCUGCUCGUCAUUGCCUUUUGUGAAAUGUUUGCAGUCGUUUACGUUUAUGGAAUAGACAGAUUUAAUAAGGAUAUUGAGUUCAUGAUUGGUCAUAAACCAAAUAUCUUCUGGCAAAUCACUUGGAGAGUAGUCAGUCCUCUCAUCAUGUUAGUGAUAUUUCUAUUCUAUUUUGUAAUAAAAGUCAACGAGGAGCUACUAUACAGCGUCUGGGACCCUGCAUAUGAGGAAUUUCCUAAAUCAGAAAAAAAGGCCUAUCCCAGCUGGGUCUAUGCUGUCGUGGUGUUUGUGACUGGAGUCCCAUGCCUGGUCAUCCCCGGCUUUGCACUCUACAAGUUCAUCAGGAAUUGCUUUCAGAAGAAGAAUGACCAGCAAGGGCUUGUCAACACCUAUUCUGUUCCUUCUGUGAAUGGAGACCUAAAGUAUUAAUCUGAAGCAUGCUUCUAAGGGAAGUGGGGACAGGUUCUUUAUUGGAAAAAAGAAACAAAAAACAAAAAACAAUAGCCAGGCACUUUGGAAUGACUAGUUCCUCAGGAAGCCAACCUUGCUGGCAAACACUCCAAUCUGUGUGACAAAUGGGAAUUCUUGUGUGCCUUACAAACUGGAGGCUUCCUCGUGUGAGGAACUGCAAGGGAUUGCCACGGUUCAAUUUAAUUUGACAAGCAUUUAUUAAAUGCCUGCUCAUUCCCAGUCAUUGUGCUAGAUUCUAGGGAUACGAGGUCACAGUCAUGUGUAUUGUGUCAUCCUAGAGUGAACAUCAUUGAAAUGUCCAAUUAUCCUGAUGCUGAUGACAAGAGGGUCGUCAGUGGCUAGAUAUGGAAGGGUCCUUUUGUUUGAAUGAAGUCCAAGAGAGUGAAAGUGAGAGGAUUAUUGGGUCUGGGGCAUCAGUUAAGAAUCCAUCACUGAGGCUGCUGGAUUUGGUUUGUUUGUAGACUGCCAGAGGGAUGGGAAAAUGCAUUAUAAACACCUUUAUUGUCUAUUACUACCUUUUUCUGUUUGUGAGAGAUUCCUGUUGACAGCAAAACUUCCACAAGAUUUGAAGUGGAAAGCUUUUUCUGCAGAGAAACUUUGACCCUGCCUCAUGGACUCUCAGCAUUACCAAGCAUGACCUCCUGGGCUAUUUUAUCUAAUCCAUCCUGAACCAAGAAUGCCCUCAAUAGCAUUCUGGAUAAAUGGUGCUUUAGCUUCUGCUUCUGAGGAUAUUUGGGAAGGGAGAGUUGGACACUUCUUGAGGCAAUCAAUGCCAUGCUUGGAGAUUGUUAGAAAGUUUUCCCUCACAUCAAGCCAAAAUAUAUCUUUUUCCAUCUUCCCUCCCCCCCAUUGCUCUUAGUUCUGUUCUCUAGUAUAGAAAAGAAGAAAUCAAAUCCAUUUUCUACCUGUUUGAUUUUGCAGAAAAAAUCUUCUGCAGAGUGGCCCUCAGACUUCCAUUCCAGGAUCAUCACCUAGAAAUAAUCAGAGACUGGCAAUUCUAUCAAUGUUUGUGCAAGUUUUGCAGUUCUGGAUAUUGCCCCUCCCCCAGAAAAGUUCCUAAGUUUCUUUACAAUCCUUUGACUGACUGGAUAUUAACUACACUAAUCACUAUUUCUAGCUGUCACAAAUAGAUAAACAAUUAAGUAAUGUUUCCCUUCACAGGAGGCAAGGAGGAAUGUGCCCUUAGCUUUUAACUAAGGGAACAUUAACAUGCUUGUAAUGAGUAAUUCAAUGUGAAUUUGUAGCCAAGCUACCUUUGGAAUAAAGGUUAUAUCCCAACUCAGCCUCUAAUUCCUCAAUCCAUAUAGCACCAAAAACACCUGACAUGCUUUCUCAGUGAGUUAAUUUUCUCUUUAAAAUCAGCACCCUAUAUGUAUCCAAGUGUACCUACAUACCUACAAGUAUGUAGGUUGAAUGAUGGCUUUGACAAACUAUCUGUUUUAUAUUCUAGCUGGCCAGAUCAGUUAGUUUAUUCCCUCUGAAAUCUAAAUUCAAAUGAAGUGGGAUUUUCUGAAAAUACCCACAGUUCAUGGGCAUAAUAUUUUGGGAAGGGUAUAGGUAUCAACACUUGGAGUUAAUAGCUCUCUUCUCUUUACUGGGUCUUUCAUGUCUUUAUAUUCCAUGUCUACAGAGAAAUUAUAUUAGCUUCUACAUUUAUGCUCAUAAGAGCUGUGGGGUGGUGACCAUGGGAAAUCAAGUGGAAAAAGAUUUGUGAAAUAUCAUGUAGCAGCCAAAUUUCUCACUCCUUCAAAUUUCUCAUCUCCAUCAUUGAGCCAGAGAGCAAGAAUUUUAUAGUGUCCAUAAUAGUAUAUUCCAACAGCCAUGGGAACAUUUCAAAAAGCUAAUAUUCAUUCUUUGUCAUCAUUCCAAGGGCCAAAGUCUUUAAAGGAGAAAUUACAGUUUUUUUGGGUUUUGUUUUGUUUUUUAGUGGUAUGGUCUAUGAAUUAAAAAAAAAAAGAAAGGAUGUCUAUGACAGAAAUUCUGAACCAAGAUUAUUCACUCACCAUAGAAUUCUAGAAUGUUAAAUUUGGAAGGGACUUUAGAGAUGAACUGAUUCAGUUUUCUUAUCUUGCAGAUGAGUAGAGUGAGACACAGAGAGGCAAAAUAUUUUGACCAAGAUCACAGUUAGUAAAUGGCAGAGCCAGGUUUCAAAUCCACAUCUCCUGAUGUCUGCUCUGCAUUUUCCUUAUGCUACUUUACACUGUCUAGCUUCUAAUAUGCAUGUGGAUUCAAUGAUGCUUUCUAUAUGCUCUUCAAGUUUUUUUUAGUAAAAAAGGAAGAACUAGCACUAUUAUAACUGACCUACCUACACACUAUGCUUCUUGAUCUCAAUAACUGUAUAUGAAACUUCUGGAACAUUCUUGGCAUAUCCAUUCUUGCUAAUUAUUAUCGCAUCCUAGGGAGCUAAAUGCUGUCACUGCUAAAGAUUGCCAGUCAUACCAGAUGUAGCCUAGAUAAAAUAACUGCGACCAACCUGGCACAUUUCUAAAUUUGUAAAUGACAUGUUUGUUUUCUUGUAAAUGUGUAAAAACAUUUAACCAAAAAAAAAACCCUUGUCUUUUAUAUACAUGUAUGUAUCUAAUAAAUGACUAUUCUUUAA